GGAACGCCGUCGUUUCGCACUGUGAGCGUGGCGCUGCGCUGCCUUCGCUGCGCAGUCAUUUACUGAAGUCACUCCAGAGCAUCGCGCACGGAAGAGAGGGAGAUGGCUCUUCUCUCUCUGCCUCCGCUUCUGUCGCGCUGAUUUGUACAACUAAGUAGUGCAUAUACAUAUACGGGAAAAGAUUUCUCCCCUCCCUUGACACCUGUUCGUAACAUUUGCGCACAAACAGAAGGGGGGUAGACGCUUUUUUCAAAACGACCCGUCUCACCUCGGACCUCUUUAUCGUCUUUCUUCUCAGUGUAUUUCUCUCCUUCCUCCAGCGUUCACCGGUCUCUGGAAUGAGCUGUUUUUCCGCCAGUGUCGUUUCCACUCCAGCAUGGGAACCGCCGUGUCCAAAAGGAAGAAUCUAAGGAACGAUGCGAUAUCCUCCGUGGCGGCAAAAGUUAGAGCAGCCAGAGCGUUUGGAGAGUAUCUGUCUCACACUCACCCCGAAAACCACAACGGAUCAGAUCACCUGCUGUCUGACACCUUCAUCGGCCAGGACUCUGACUCACCCGGCAUCGGCCGUCUCCAGGGCAACAGCCUCCACCCGCAAGCCACGCCUGCUAACGACCCAGCCCCGACCAGCAAACCCCAGCUCUCCUCCACCUCCUCCUUCCCGAAGCGCCGCGUGUCCCUGGAGCGGGGGUCGUCCGCGGAGGAGCGACCGCAGAAAGGGGCCGAGGGCUCCCUCCAGCCCGCGCGGGUCUACACCAUCACUGGGGAGAGAGGCAUGCUGGGAGUCCGGGCCAGCGACGAGAGCCUGGAGCUGGAGGUGCUGAAAGGGGGGCGGGAUCAGGCCCAAACCCAGCCCCCUCCGCCGCACCCCAACCAGCCGCCAUCGCGGAACCACCACCGUGGCAACCAUCACCACAGCAACCCCCACCCCCCCGGCCCCCCCCAGCAGCAGGCCCAGCCCCUGCAGAGCUCCGGCAGCGCCCACAACAUCGGCGACUGGGGGGGCAGGAAGGGGGGGUCCCGGGAGGACUGCAGCCCCGACUGUGUGGCCUGCAGCCGCGCCUCCUCCCGCAGCCAGCGCUCCCUGGACCUGGACACCUCCCCCCGAGACCCCGGCAAGCAGAGGAAGAAGCUGGAGAGGAUGUACAGUGAGGACCGCGUGGCUGCGGGGGACAGAGACGACAACAUCAACGGCUGGUUCCCCAAGGAGAACAUGUUCAGCUUUCAGACGGCCACUACGACCAUGCAGGCGAUAUCAAAUUUCCGGAAACACCUGAGAAUGGUUGGGAGCAGGCGGGUGAAAGCACAAACGUUCGCCGAUCGCAGAGCGAAGAGUUUCAGCCGAUCCUGGAGUGACCCCACCCCCAUCAAGCCUGACUCUCUACACAACUCCAGAGACAGUGGGGACCUGCAGUCUUCCUCGGGGGCUCUGGACGAGGUGGCGUGUGAGGACGUGGACUGGGAGGAGGAGCGAGAGAUGGAGAGAGUGGCCUGCGAGGGGGACGACUUUAUCCCCCCGAAAAUCAUGCUCAUCUCCUCCAAGGUCCCGAAGGCGGAGUAUGUGCCCACCAUCAUACGCCGAGACGACCCCUCCAUCAUCCCCAUCCUUUACGACCAUGAGCACGCCACAUUUGAUGAUAUUCUGGAGGAGAUUGACAAGAAACUGACAGCCUACAGGAAAGGAUGCAAGAUCUGGAGGAUGCUAAUCUUCUGUCAGGGAGGUCCGGGGCACCUGUACCUGCUGAAGAACAAGGUGGCCACUUUUGCCAAGGUGGAGAAGGAGGAGGACAUGAUCCACUUCUGGAGGAGGCUCAGCAGAUUCAUGAGCAAGCUGAACCCCGAGCCCAACCUCAUCCACAUCAUGGGCUGCUACGUGCUGGGCAACGCCAACGGAGAGAAGCUGUUUCAGAACCUGAAGAACCUGAUGAGACCUUACUCCAUCGACUUCAGGUCUCCCCUGGAGCUGUCUGCCCAAGGUAAGGAGAUGAUCGAGAUGUACUUCGACUUCCGCCUCUUCAGGCUGUGGAAAGCCCGACAGCACUCCAAGCUGCUUGACUACGAAGACCUUUUGUGACCCCGCCCUGCCUUUUGUCAGAUGCCCGUCGGGCAGGAUGUCACUCUGCGUAACCCACGGCGAUGGCGCUGGUUUCGAAAGCCGGGGCUGUAAAACGAGAGGGAAAGAGAAAGAGAGAGAGAGAGAAGGAAAAGAGGAGAGGUGGAGAGAGUGAAGAAAUCCUUUUGUUCCCCUGAUCUAAAGACCGGAGGGACGGACUCUGUGGUCGCCAUGGCGAAGGAGUCACGCUGUCUCAGACUCCCAACUUGCAAGACUCUUCGGGUGCAGAGAGAGGGAGGGAGGAAGAGAGGGGGACUUGCUCUCUUUUAAACUACGUGAAGGGGAGCGUGGAGGUAGAGUUCAGGAAUAG